GCUCGCACUGUGUGGUGCAGAAGACUCUCUGGAACAUGGACGGGGCACAGAUGAAGGCUGAGAGCGAGGAGAAGAAAGAGGAGGACGUGGUCCACCUCAGGAGGCAGAUUGGCCUCCUGCCUGCCAUCUCCAUCAUCAUCGGGACUGUGGUGGGCAGUGGGAUCUUCAUCGCUCCCAAGGGGGUCCUGAUGAACAGCGGCAGCGUGGGUCUGUCUUUGCUGGUCUGGUUGUUGGCUGGGCUCCUGUCCAUGUUCGGCGCCCUGUGCUACGCUGAACUGGGCACCACCUUCACCAAGUCAGGGGCUCACUACACUUACCUCCUGGAGACGCUGGGACCACUGCCAGCGUUCCUCAGACUGUGGGUUGAGUUCCUGUUCAUCAGGCCUGCCGUGACCUCCUAUGUCUGCCUUGCUUUUGCUCGCUACGUGGUGGAGCCCUUGUACGCGCCAUGUGAAGCUCCAGCAGUACUCAUCAAAAUCGUGGGCAUCCUCGCCAUCACUUUUGUGGUGGUGGUCAACUGCUGGAGCGUGAGCAUGUCCUCACGCAUCCAGGUGGUCCUGACCUUUGUCAAGGUGUUCGCCUUGGUGCUGAUCAUCGUUCCAGGGAUGAUCGCUCUGACCAAAGGAAAGACGGACAAUUUCCAGAAGGGUUUUGAGUUGGAAUCCUUGACUCUGGGUCGCCUGCCGCUGGCCUUCUACAACGGCCUCUACGCUUAUGCAGGAUGGUUCUACUUAAACUUUGUCACGGAGGAAGUCAUCAAUCCAAACAGAACCUUCCCUCUGGCGAUCAUCUUCUCCAUGCUGAUAGUGACGGCUCUGUAUUUGAUGGUCAACGUGGCCUACUACGCCAUGAUGUCGCCUGCCGAGCUGCUGAUGUCGGACGCUGUGGCCGUGACGUUUGCUAACCGUGCACUCCAAGGCGUGGCCUCCGUCAUCCCCAUUCUUGUGGCCCUGUCCUGCCUGGGAGCGCUGAACGGAGGCUUCUUCGGAGCACCACGGAUGCUGUUCGUGGGAGCCAGAGAGGGCCACUGGCCACAGAUCUUCUCCAUGAUCCAUAUCCGCAGACAGACACCUCUGCCCGCAGUCCUGUUAUUGUAUCCUCUUGUGGUGCUGAUGAUUGUCAUCGGAGAAAUUUACCAGCUCAUCAACUUCGCCUCCUUCACUCGAUGGUUCUUCAUCGCCUUGGCAACGCUAGGAAUGCUCAUCCACCGAUAUCGCUUUCCGCUCCACCCACGGCCUUUCAGGGUGCCGCUGUUUGUCGCAGUCACGUUCACGGUGGUUUGUUUCUUCAUCGUGGGCAUGUCUCUGUAUUCGGACCCCUGGAACACCGGGGGUAGUUGUGCCCUCACACUGACUGGGGUCCCCAUCUACUACCUGGUGGUUCAACAGUAUCGGCUGCCUCACAGAUGGAGACAUGCAUUCAACUACUGCAACAGACAGCUGCAGAUCCUUCUCGAAGUGGUCCAACAGGAGGUCAAGACUUACUGAAGCACUGAAGAUUGUAAAUGUAGGGGAAAAAAAUGUAUUUCAUUUUCUUUUGACUGUCAUUAUAAAUAAAAUCAUUUUGGAGUACAAGACCUGUUUUACAUUUAACAAGUAUUUGUUGUGUGUAUU